AUGGACGGUUGGACUGAGGUAACUCGAAUCCCCGUUACGAGCCGACUGAGCCGUUCGGGUGAAACCGGCCAAUUGACCUCGCUACUAUUCGACCACACUUGCAAUCUUCUAUGGUGUGCAGACUCCGGCGGGUACGCCUCGUCGUUCACCUCGAUGCUGCCAGAUAAUGCCGGAUUCGGGAUUCAGCCUCCCGUCUCUUUGUACAGCUACACAAGAUUCAGAGCUUCUCCUAGAGGGGAUCCAAUCUUGCAGCAAUUGAACCACAAGAAGGGCAUCUUCGCCUUGUCCAAAAACUCCAUCACUUUUAACACGAGGCGAGGCAUCAAUGAAGCUUGCCUAACACAGCUGCAGCUAAAAAGUGACCAUGACAAACAAGCCUUUUCCGGUUUGACGUGCUUGACGCUGGCGUACUCCACUUCGACGGAUAUCAUUGUGGGCGGCACUCACUCCUUGUUUAAAAUAGACAUGAACAAGCCGUCUGCUAUUCAGUACUUCAGUCACGACAAAGAAUUGCGCUUCAUCAACCACCUGUCGAAAUUGCUAGCGUUAGGAAACAAUUCAGGCUCGGUGGACCUUUUUGACCCGAAUUCCAAUGAGGUGAUCAAAAGCUUCUCAGGUCACAGCGGUCUUCUUUCAGACCUUGAUGUUAAAGGCAACUAUGUAGCUACAUGCGGGCUCUCCUCUCGGCCUAGAAGAUAUGGCGCUUCGGGCUCCGCGAAUUACGUCGUGGACCCUUUAGUAAAUAUCUAUGACUUGAGAAUGAUGCGUGUGGUUUCACCCAUCCCAUUCCCCGCGGGCGCAAAGUUUGCCAAAUUCUACCCAAAAAUACCGAAUAUCGUCGUGAUUGCAUCGUCAGCUGGCCAGAUCCAGUUUGUCGAUAUGUACGAUCAGCUGCAAGUUCACUUAUACCAAGCAGACCUUACAUCGCCAUCUCCAGCAAAUUCUGUGUCAGGGAUGAACUCUCUGUACUUGCUGAAUCUCGAUGUGAGCGAUAAUGGAGAGUUUCUUGCCUUUACAGACGGUCAUAAUACUUUGAGCCUAUGGGGUAUCAAUUCCAAUGGUCCUGGAAACUUUGUUAGCUAUCCUAUCUCACUUGAUCUACCUGAGGUCACGUCGCAGCCAUCAUCAGUGAACGCAGUGGGAUUAGAUGAGCCCUACCCGCUCAAUCUGGUUGGUUUGCCGUACUAUAAAGAGUACCUUGCGUCGUACAUUCCAGCUGAAAGGAUCUUUACAAAAGAGACACUGAAAACUCCCGUAAAAAUUGACCAAGAACUCCUAGAGCUCAGUGAGCGGAAUCCUGGAAAGUUUUUGCCUUAUGAUCCAAGAAAAUACGGUCCUCGUAAUGUUGUAACUGAUGAUGAGGGCGAUCAUUUGAAAGCUCCAACGAAGGACAAAUUCAAUAAUACCAAGCAGAAUCUCGUUCCGAAGUUUAUCAGUGAGCGAAGUGCUACGGCAUCGCCGAUUUCUUUCAAUAGAGAAACAGAGACGGGAUCACCUAAUCCUGGAAGUACCGCUUCAUUUCAUGAAGGGCACAGAAAUAAUGACAAAAACGCUCAAACCACAAAGAUUUCGGCAUUUCACGAUGAGAAUGACUCCGAGACUAUCUUUCAAUAUAAAGCAUCGUACACUAAUCAGGUGCCUUCGUGCUACAGCCGGCUAGAGAUUCAGUACUCGAAGUUUGGAGUGGACGACUUCGAUUUCGAGUAUUACAACAGAUCUGGGGGCUCUUUUUGUGGUCUUGAAAACCAUUUGGACAACUCGUAUGCCAACUCACUUAUUCAAAUCUACAGAUUCCUGCCCAUAUUUUACAGCGUUGUUACUGGCAGUCUUCUUGAGGAGUGGCUACCUAAUUCUUCGGAAGUUAUCAUAGACCAGCACAACCCUCAAGGCUCAUCCGUGUUGAAUGAACUAGGAUACUUGUUUGAUAUGAUGCAUAAAGCCGGUGGAAAGAAUGUCAGCAUAAAUAAUUUCUCCCAAAUUUUAAGCGAGAGUCCGGUUGCCAAGGCACACGGGCUAAUUAUCAAGGAUGAAGGCGUUUCUUUAAAUGCUUUUCAGCUCCAGACAUUGAUAAUCACUUUCAACAAAUUCUUAGUCGAGUCAGUGAUAAACGACUACGCCAAGCAGUUCAACCUAUUUUUACAAGACAUGACAUCCAUGCACUAUGAGCUCAAUAUCUAUACUACCAAUGGAGAGUUCAUAGAAAUGCAGCAAGGUUCACAGGCAACUUUGGACUUGAUGACACCUCCUGCAAGCACAUUGAACAGAACCGGAGGAGGAAUAGGACAAAACACAUACGUGCCACCUCAAGCAGUGCUUACCAAACGAAACUACACUCUAUUGACAUACCUCGAGUACUCCUUGAAUCAAAACAAGAUCUUACCGGCUUCCAAUACGAAUCCUUUCCCACUUGAGAUAAGGCAAACCCUAACGAAGUUGGGACCAGUCCUUCUGAUCAAUAUUCCCUUCACAGCUCAGGAGUACGAGCUUUUGAGACACUACAAGAAAUGGCUCGUCCCUGAGUUUUACGCGACAAUAGGCAAUAAUAAAAAAGUCAGUUUCAAGCCAGUGGUCACUCAACUCCAUCAACAGGCAGACAAGUACGAGCUUCUCGGUUAUUCAUGCCAAAUCAACCAUGAUGCCACCAGCGCCCCCGGAAAGCACAACAUGGUCUCCUUCAUCAAGAUCCGGUCACCAGCCUCUGGUAAAGACCAAUGGUUUUUAUUUAAUGACUUCUUGGUGAUGACAGUUCCUGAAGAUGAAGUUUUUAACCUCUCUUACAGCUGGAAAAAGCCGGUUGUAUUGGUGUAUCAUAAUGCGGAGAACCCACACAAUCAAAACUUUUCUUACUUUGAGAUUGAAUUUUUCCGUUCAAUAGAACGACUUAAUGACUCGAUCUUAUAUCGAGACCACUUUGCCACCGGUGUAAGAGAAGGAAUCAAGAGAGAGUAUGAGCUUCUCACCAGACGAGAAGCGCCACAAAUAGGGAGCCUCAUUGCCAUCGACGCCGAGUUUGUCUCAUUGAAGCCAGAGGUUGCAGAAGCGAGGUUGACCACAAAGAAGAGGAUUAUUAGGCCAAGUGUGCUCUCAUUAGCCCGAAUAUCUGCCUUGAGAGGUGAAGGCGAAAAGUACGGCGUGCCCUUCAUUGAUGACUAUAUUGUGCAUACGAAGCCCAUUUUCGAUAAUCUUACGGAAUUUUCUGGUAUCGAAGAAGGCGAUCUCGACCCGCACACCUCCACCAAAACUCUUGUUACUCUUCAAACAGCUUACCGCAAACUCUGGCUUUUAUUGAACUUGGGGUGCACCUUUGUAGGUCACGGUCUUAAGAGUGAUUUCAGAUGCAUCAACUUGCAAGUGCCCAAGAGUCAGAUUCGUGAUACUGCUGAGCUCUACUACCUACCGGAUAUAAAGAGAAAGUUGAGUCUCAAAUUUUUAGCAUACAUGGUACUCAAUGAAUCUGUACAAAAGGCUAAUCACGACUCGAUUGAGGAUGCCAGAACUGCCCUACUUUUAUACAAAAAAUAUCUUGAGCUCGAAUCUGCAGACGAGUUUGAGAUCAGCUUGCGGCGCGUUUACAACAAAGGGUACAAUCUACGGUUCAAAGUUCCCGAGCAAGAAGAGUACUAG